AUGCGGCUUCACCCGCAAAUCUUUGAUUUGGACUCUGAACAAGAAAGGGUUUGCUGGGCUCUAUGGUCGGCGGUUUUUGUCUACAUUCCAACGGACUUCAAGACAAAGCUGUGUAUGGGCUAUGGCUUCGUGAACCUUACAGAUGGAAAGAACGUGCAGCACUUCAUUGAGGUCUUUGACGGUUACAGCGAGUGGUGUCAUUCCUCGUCAUCGAAGGUGUGCAAGGCUAUUCAGUCCCAGACGCAGGGCUUGGCGGCGAACAUCGAGCGCUACCGGAACAGCCCCGUGAUGAGUGACGAGGUGCCCGAAAGCUUCAAGCCGGCCCUGUUCGUCGGAGGUAAGCAGGUCCCGUUUCCUGAGCCCACGAAGGAGUUACCCCGGAUUCAACACAGAUUUCAGCGGCAAUAG